AUGGCGCUUCCACCAAAGUGGUAUCAGUUCUUGGUUGCUGUCUUUGCCUCUCUUGGUUCCCUGCUCUAUGGAUAUGAUCUGGGAGUCAUCGCCGGCGCCGUCGCGUCAGAGAACUUCGUCAGCACUUUCAAUCCCACAAAAGCUGAGACCGGAGCCGUUGUGUCCGUCUUCACUGGCGGCGCUUUCAUUGGUGCAGGUCUUGCUGGUCCAACGGGUGAUUCUUUGGGAAGAAAGCUCACAAUUUUGAUCGGCUCUAUUGUGUUCAUUCUCGGUGGAGCGCUGCAGGCUGGUGCUCAAGGCUUGUCGUAUCUCUAUGCAGGGCGAGCAAUUGCUGGUAUUGGAGUCGGAUUCCUGGUUAUGAUCGUGCCUCUUUACCAAGCAGAGCUUGCACAUCCAUCCAUUCGAGGAAGAGUGACGGCUUUGCAACAGUUUAUGCUGGGCAUUGGAGCAUUGGUGGCUUCAUGGGUUAGCUAUGCGACUUAUACUUACAUCCCGGCGAGCAGCAGCAACCAAUGGAGGAUCAGCUUGGGUUUGCAGGUCGUGCCAGCAGGCUUCCUGGCUGGCCUGAUUAUGUUCUUCCCAGAAUCGCCAAGAUGGCUCAUCGCCCAUGGCAAACCUGAGAAAGGUCUGGCAACUCUUGCCAAAUUACACGCUCAUGGAAACGAGCAUGACACCUGGGUCCGAGCAGAGUAUGACCAGAUCCAGGACAUGAUCACUUUCGAGAGGGAACAUGAAGCUAGAUCAUACAUCGAGCUCUUCACCAACAAAUCUUCGUUCCGACGACUCCUGCUCGCUGUAUCGAUCCAGGCAUCUGUUCAGAUGACAGGAGUUUCGGCUAUCCAGUAUUACAGUCCGGCUAUUUUUGAGCAGAUGGGAAUUCCCGGUAGCGACACGCUCAAAUACCAGGGUAUCUCCUCAGUCAUUGCCAUCGUUGCACAGUUCUGCUGUAUCUUGUUCAUCGACUACACUGGUCGUAGAUGGGCUAUGAUUGGCGGCAACGUAGGCAAUUGCAUUACUUUCAUUAUUGCAACGAUCCUGCUGGCCAAGUUCCCGCCUGGACAGACGAACAACAACGCCGCAUCCUGGGGCUUCAUCGUCAUCACCUGGGUCUACAAUUUCAGCUUCAGUGCUACAAAUGGACCACUGAGCUGGAUCGUACCGGCCGAGAUCUUCGACACUCGUACUCGAUCGAAAGGUGUGUCGAUCGCCACAAUGACUUCGUUCGCUUUCAACACCAUGAUCGGCCAGGUCACUCCAAUCGCUAUCGAGAGCAUUGGCUGGAGGUUUUACAUACUCUUCGUCGUCUGCAACUUCACCAAUGCUCUCUGGUUCUGGGCGAUCCAACCUGAGACUGCCAAACGUCCGCUGGAGGAGAUGAACUACUUGUUCACGAAUGCGCCAUUAUUCGUGCCCACGAUGAAUAUGAAGGACUUUGACAACCAUGACUUGGAGCAUCGUGUGCAGGAAGUGGAAAGGAAAAGCAGUGUGAUCAGUCAUGUCGAGGAGAGAUAUUAG